UGUACAUACUUAAGUUAGAAUAAACAAGUACCGGAAGUUCGUGGGGCAACUCUUGUUAUGCAUUUUCUUGCUCGCGACGUUAGUAAUAAGAUCUAAUGGAUCGAGUGAUCUAAGAAUACUUCUGCUCAUGCAACACGAAGGUAUAUAAGAAACCGUCCAGUAAAAACACCGAAAGAUACUACAAUGUUUCUCGUUGCAACGUUCUUCGUAUUUCUGUUUCUAAAUGUACCUUUCAAUACAGCCCAGUUAUUGGGUAAUCGGCCGUCGAUUCAAACUUUUCAAGACCACCAUCCCGAAGAAGGUCUCUUGGAGGUUCUUUUGAAUCCGACAUCGAUUAUCUCAAAGGCCGAUCAUGCGACGCUCGGCAAUGUGCUCGAUUUAGACUUUAAAGCGCAGGAUAUAAAUUAUGAGCUUUAUACGAAGGACAAUAAGGAGCAAGCUGUAUCUCUACGAGUGGGUGAUACUACUCAACUGAAGGAAUCGCCAUUUAAUCCUGCAUGGCCGACCAAGAUCAUUAUUCACGGGUGGACAGAGAGCGGAAAUGCUUUUUGGCUCCACGACAUUCGACGAAAUUAUCUUAGCGUUGGGGAUUAUAAUGUAAUUUGCGUAGAUUGGUUCGCCGGUUCGACCAAAGAAUAUCUAACGUCCGUCAAACUUACUCAUCAGGUGGGAGAAUAUGUCGCUGCAUUUAUCGAAUUUCUCGAAUCGGAGACUCAAGUUUCUUUCGAUGAUGUCCACAUUGUGGGGCAUAGUUUGGGUGCUCAUGUAGCCGGGUACAUCGGUAAUUACAUGUCGAAGAAGCUCGGUCGAAUCACUGGACUCGAUCCGGCUGGGCCGUCAUUCGAGACGCCUUAUCUUAAAGAUACGGAGGAACGACUGGAUGCGGCGGACGCCAAUUUCGUGGAUAUUAUUCACACUUGUGCCGGCAGUUUAGGCUUCCUCAGACCCAUUGGCCACGCGGAUUUUUACCCGAACGGUGGAACGUUCAGGCAGCCCGGAUGCCCCGUAUUUUCAUCCCAAACCUGCAGCCAUGGUAGGUCGCAUCAAUUUUUUGCCGAGUCCAUCGUGCAUCCUGAUGGCUUUGUCGCUGUGCAGUGCCCCGACUGGAUGGAUUUUCAGCUUGGCAAAUGCAGCGAUAACAAUUCUAGUACCGUCGUUAUGGGCGAAUUUAUCAACACUGAUGCUCAAGGUAUUUUUUAUCUACAAACCAACGCACAGCCACCGUUCGGAAAGGGCAAGAUAAAGUGAACAAUCGUGGAAAGAGACGUAACUCCGAUACCUACACUUAUGACACGUAUUAUAUGUAUUUCAUUACAAUUAGCGAUAUCGCAAGGAAACGUACAAAUGUAGAAAGUGCUUAUUUAUAUGAUAUUUCUAUCAGAAGUACUUUAUGAUAUAAAAUA